GUUUAAACUUUAAAUAUGUAUUUAGUUAAGCGCCAUGUUAAUUUAUGGAAAACUUUUAGAAUUAUAAGGGCUAUCUAUCCCGACAUUCCACUUAGUUUUUUUAUGUCGACCAGUUGCAUAUCAAAGGUUAGAUGAAAAUGUUGGACACUGCCAAAAGCCACAAAAAGAGGGAAUUACCAAGGCAAAUAUAGUUAUAGAAUCAGGUCCAAUUUAGUAAUAAGCUGCUCACAUAUUUAAAUAGUCACACAUCCUUGUCAAUAAAAGAUAUGGAUUUAAGCGUUUCUGAUAAAGAACGACUGUAGCAGCAAAGACCAUGGAGGCUAACGAUAGAAGCGCUUACCAAGAAUUCAAAGUUGACCUUAUACAGUCAACAAUUCUUGAUACGGAUGUGUUAGAUAACUUGAUUUCUAAAUGCGUUCUUACUCUUGACGACAGAGAGGAGAUUGAUAGCCUUUCAGACCAAUCAAAUCGUAACCAGAAACUCUUAGAAAUAGUGAUGCAUCGACCAUACAACACCUUUACUAUAUUUGUUGACGCGAUGAAAAAUUCUGAUCAAAAGUGUCACACUUCUCUUGUUGAAAGGAUGGAGGCCAUAGUCUUGGACAAAGACUUGACUCUUAGGAAUGCACAACUCACAGAUGAAACAACAGGUAAUAAAGAUGCUGUUAGAUUAAUCAGAUGGUAUAAAACUAUAGUUCGUGAAAUUAACAUCAACAAAACUGGAAUUCUUGACAAACUUUUUGCAAGAGAUGUUAUAGAUCGUGAAGUUAAUGAAAAACUUUCAUCAGAAAAGAUGACUUCGUAUGAGAAAAAUAGAAGACUUUUAGGAACAAUUGUUAGAAAAGAUAUUUCGUCUGCCUUUCCAAUUUUCCUUGAAGUUCUGAGAGAAGAUAGCUGUUAUAAGGAUUAUGCCAACAAAAUAGAAGAAACACAUGUUACAGAGAAAGACUUAGAAUUGUUGAGUAUUGGAAACAGAAUUAGAGAACGGAAAAGAAAUGGAAUGAGUGAUCUUAUGGUCGAUCAAAUAGAGAAAUGGAAGAUUGAGAGCAAUAUCUAUGUCCAAACCAGAGCGACUAAUCAUGUGCUUACAAGUAUCAACAGCAACAACUGUGUAAGUGUUAUAGGACCAGCUGGAAGUGGGAAAACUGCAAUAGCUAGACACGUAGCUCUCCAAAUGGAAAGACUUGGAUACACAAUACUAACUGUGACUGAUGCAAAAGAGAUAAAAGAUCAAUACAAAUCAGACAGAAAAACGUUGUACGUUGUUGACGAUUUGUGUGGAAAUUUUACAGCCAGCCAAAGUCGGAUAGAAGAAUGGAAGAAAUCAAUGAACGACAUUAAGGGUAUUCUAGAAAAUGGUAAUUGUAAGUUGAUUAUAACAUGUAGACUUCAAGUUUUUCAAGAUAAAGGGUUUACAAAUUUAGAAAUCUUCAAAACAUGCGUAUGUAACCUAAGGUCACAGAGUUUAUCUUUAACAUCUAAGGAAAAGGAAAAUAUGACGGCAAAGUAUUUUAAGGAACAUGCAGUAGAAGCAUUGGAAAGUUUGAGUGAAUAUGAGUUUCUACCAUUUUUAUGUAAAUUAUAUUAUGUACAGAGAAACAAUCCACAAUUUAAUGUCCAACUAUUUUUGGAUGAUCCAUUUUCAUUUUACAAAAAAGAGUUGCCAAGCAUGUAUAAUGACUGUGCAGAAGGUAGGUACAAAUACUGUGCUCUGCUUUUGUUAGUUAUAUUCAACAACAUGUUAAAAGAGAAACAUCUUACAGGUAAGGAUCCUAAAGUUAAAGAGAUAAUUGAAGUCAUUAUAGAAGUAUGUGAAAUAGACGAACAUAUUACAGGUAGGAAACUAAAGUCCCAACUUGAAAUACUGACUGGGACGUUUGUGACUUAUGAUGCAAGCAUCUACAAAACCAUCCAUGACAAGCUGUUUGAUUUCUUGGCUGUUUAUUUUGGAACACAAGAAGAACUUAUAAGCAUAUUGAUAAAGUAUGCUGAACCUAGAUUUGUUCGUGAAAGAUUUGUUGUUACAAACGACAACGAAAGUGAACAUCAUUUAAUACCUAUAUCUGAUGACAAAUUGCAAAUGUACAUGAAACGGGUUUUUGAUGAUAUGGUAUGUUCAUGUGAUGUAAAUACCAACAUAAUAGAAAACAUGAAUUUAAAGAACACCAAACUAUGCACUAUGCUCCAUGACUUUAUGAGAAAUCUUAACAAUCACGAAAUAAUUGCCUUAUUGAAGACAGCGAGCACAAAUUUCUUAAAUGUAAUGUUUGUCAUGAGAGAAACAGACAUCAAAGACAAGGUUGAAAAUAGGUUUCGGAAAUAUCAAAGUUUUAGUAUUAUUUUACCUGAUGAUUUAUUACAGGAAUACAUUAAAAGGUGGUUUGGUGAUUUGACAAAGACUAUUACCACGGAGGCACAUUUUGAGGAUAAUAGGCUUUUAAAAAGUGUUACUUUCCGUAAAGCUUUAAAUUCCUUUAUGAGACAAAUAAACCCAGAUAGCGUUGCUUCUAUCAUUCAAACUGGAAGUAAGGAUUUCCUCAACACAAUGUUUGUCAUUACAGAACAUGAUAUCGAAAACUUUCCAGAGAAACAAUAUGAACGCUUUGGUAUUGUUAUUCCUGAGAGAAUGUUACAGCAUUACAUUAAUAGGUGGUUUGACGAUCUGACAAGAUGCAGCAGGCUUUUUUUACUGGAUGAAAUGUUAAUUGGGAUGAAUACUUCCAUGUAUUUCACUUUUGCUAAAAUAGUGAUGUUUGAUUCAUUCAUCUUCAAAGAAAAUAGACUAUUGAUGAAUCUUUCAUUUCGUGAUGCCGUACGUACUUCCAUGAGACAACUUACCACGGACAAAAUUACUUCACUCAUUAAUACAGCAGGAGACACUUUUCUCAAUACAAUGUUUGUCAUGACAGAGGAUGAUAUCAUUGACAACGCUAAGAACCGAUAUAAAAUGUUUGGUAUUGUAAUCCCUGAUGACUUGCUUCAGCAAUACAUUGAACAGUAUUUUAAUCGCCUGACAAACACAAAUUGGAUGAUGCCAAUCAUUAAUAAAAAUAGAGCUUUUCAAAAUGUUGAUGGUCGCACGGCCCUGCGUAAAUAUAUGAAACAACUAACCAAAGAGAAAAUUGCUUCACUCAUUCAGAAUGCAGCGCAUACUUUUUUCAUUGCAAUGUUUGUCAUGACAGAGGAGGAUAUCAAAGACAACGCUGAGAACCGAUAUGAAUGUUUUGGUAUUGUUAUUCCUUAUGAUCUAUUACAGCAGUACAUUCAGAGGUGGUUUGAUCACUUGACCAACGCAACAUUUUUCGACGAUGUCAUACAUAAAAAUAGACUAUUUUUUAAUGUUUCAUUUCGUUGUGCUCUACGUAACUUCAUGAGGCUAUUACCUACAGAAAAAAUCGCUUCAAUCAUUCAGACAUCAAAGGAUAACUUGUUUAAUCAAAUGUUUGUCAUGACAGAGGCUGACAUCAAAGACAACUCUGAGAACAGACAUGAAUGUUUUGGUAUUGUGAUUCCUAAUGAAGUUUUACAGCAAUACAUUCAGAGAUGGCUUGAUGAUUUGACUAAAACGAAAUCGAUAGAAACCACUUUUGAUGAAAAUAGAACAAUGAAAAAUGACAUAUUUCGUAAAUAUAUACGUAACCACUUGAGACAACUAACAUUAGACAAAAUUGCUUUAAUCAUUCAGAAUUCAAGUGCUGAUUUUAUAAAUAAAAUGUUUGUCAUGACAGAGGAGGACAUACAUGACAACGCUGGGAAGCGAUAUAAAUGUGUAGGUAUUGUUAUUCCUGAUAAUUUACUACAACAUUACUUUGAGAGAUGGUUAAAAUGUUUGGCUAAAACCAGUGAGUUAGAGAAAUGCAUAGAUGAAAAUAGAGCAUUGGAAAAUGUUGCAUUUCGUGCUGCCUUAAAUGACCAUUUGAGACAACUUAGCAUUGCAAAUAUAGCUUCUCUAAUUGGGGAUGCAAAUGACGAUUUUCUCAACAGAAUGUUUGUCAUGACAGAUGAUAACAUCAGAAACGACACUGAGAACCGAUAUGAAUGUUUUGGCAUUGUUGUUCCUUAUGAUCUACUGCAGCAGUACAUUGACAGAUGGUUGAAAUGUUUGACUGACACCAGUGAUUUAGAGAAAUGCAUGGAUAGAAAUAGACUAUUUAAGAAUUCUACUUUCUGUACUGCCGUGUGUAACUACAUGAGACAACUGAACACAGAAACAAUCGCUUCACUUAUUUGGGACGCAGAGGUUGAGUUUCUCAAUAAAAUGUUUGUCAUGACAAAGGAUGACAUAAAACACAUCGCUGAGAAUCAAUAUGAAUGUUUUAGUUUUGUUAUUCCUGCUUAUUUACUUCAGCAUUACACUGAGAAAUGGUUAACAUGUUUGACUAAAACAAGUGAGUUAGAGAAAUGCAUAGAUGCAAAUAGACCAUUUAAGAACAAUACAUUUCGUACUACCUUGUGUAACUACAUAAGACAACUGAACACAGAAACAAUCGCUUCACUCAUUUUGAACGCAGAGGAUGAGUUUCUCAAUAAAAUGUUUGUCAUGACAGAGGAUGACAUAAAACACAACGCUGAAAACCACUAUGAAUGUUUUGGUAUUGUUAUUCCUGAUAAUUUACUUCAGCAUUACAUUGAGAUAUGGUUAAAACGUUUGACUAAAACCAGUAAGUUAGAGAAAUGCAUACAUGAAAAUAGACCAUUGAAAAAUGAUACAUUUCGUACUUCCUUAUGUGAUCACAUGAGACAGUUAAAUACAGAAAAGAUCGCUCCUCUAAUUUGGGACGCCAAUGAUGAUUUUCUCAACAAAAUGUUUGUCAUGACAGAGGAUGACAUCAGAGCCAACACUGAGAACCGAUAUGAAUGUUUUGGUAUUGUUAUUCCUGCUGAUCUGCUAAAGCCUUACAUUGAUAUUUGGUUAAAACGUCUGACUAAAACAGAGGAGUUAGAGAAAAGCAUAGAUCAAAAUAGACCACAAAAGAAUGCCUUAUUUCGUAAUGCAUUUCAAAUUUACAUGGAAAAGACAAACGCAGAAACAAUUCCUUAUCUGAUUCAGACUGGAAGCACAGAUUUCCUCAAUACAAUGUUUAUCAUGACGGCAGAUGAAAUCAAGGACAACGUCGAGACCAGAUAUGCAUGUGUUGGCAUUGAAAUUCCUCAAGAUCUACUACAGCAAUACAUUAAGAAGUGGUUUGAAUGUUUAACUAUAACCAGUGAGUUGGAGAAAUUCAUAGAUAAAAAUAGACCAUUGAAGACCGUUAAAUUUCGUACUGCCUUGUGUACCUACAUAAGACAACUAAACCCAGAAAAAAUUGCUUCUUUAAUUUUAGAAAGUGAGGGUGAUUAUCUCAAUAAAAUGUUUGUCAUGACAUAUGAUGACAUCAACGAAAAGGCUGAGGACCGAUAUGAAUGUUUUGGUAUUGUUAUUCCUGAUGAUAUGUUACAGCACUACAUUGCAAGAUGGUUUCUUCAUUUGUCUGAUAGAUCUCAGACAAAGAGUUUUUUGGAUGGAAACAGACUUUUGAUGAAUGUUACAUUUUGUACUGCCUUGCGAACCUUCAUGAAACAGUUAAACAGAGAACAAAUUGCCUAUUUCAUUCAGACAGGAAGCACAGAUUUCCUCAAUACAAUGUUUGUCAUGACAGAUGAUGACAUUAAAGACGAGGGUGGUAAUCGAUAUGAAUGGUUUGGGAUUGUAAUUCCUGAUGAUCUUCUUCUGUUACAGCAAUACAUAGAAAGAUGGUUCAAUAGUGUGACAGAAGCCAUUUCGGUAAAGGAAUAUAUGAAUGCUAAUAGGCCUUUGACGAAUGCUUCCUUCCGGACUGCACUUCGUACAUACAUGAGCUUACUUGACACAGAAGAAAUCGGAACCCUUAUUUGCACUGGGAGUAGUGACUUCCUCAAUACAAUGUUUGUUCUGACAGAGAAUGACAUAGUCAGUGACAACUCUUAUUGUCGAUUUGAAAGUUUUGGUAUUGUUAUUCCUAAUGAUGUGUUACAGCAAUACAUAGAAAGAUGGAUGGAUUGUAUGACAAAGACCGACUCCGUGAUGGAAUUCGUAAGUGUUAAUAGAUCUUCUAUGAGCGUUAUAAUGCAGACCGAAUUGGAGCCAUAUAUGAACCAGAUAAAUUCAGAAAAAUAGUCUCUGGAUAGGAUUCAUGGUGUAGUUGAAUAGAUUUGUCUUAAUACGACGAUGAAUGAAUUUCAACAGGAAAGAACUGACAAAAAGAAUAUUUAACUCUUCUUUUAAUUUGCAUUUUCAACUGAAAACUGUACCUUUCGUAGCGGUCUCCCGGGGAUAUUAUUGUAUGCAACAGACUUUACCAGUUGAUGUGCGCACAUUUCGUCUAACCUUUUUACCGAAGAGUAAUGGUGUCAAAAUCAAAACCACAUAUUUGUGGUAAUUGUUUUUUUACAAAUCAUUUACACAAAUGACUUUAAUCUUGUCAACUGUUUUCAAUGGUUUUGUUUUUGACAUCUGGAGGUCGAAGGAUUAUAUCUUGUAAACAAGAACUCUCAGUAUUAAUAACAGAACUGAAGCAGCAACAAUAUUAUAGUUAUUUACUAAAUGAACCGUAAUAGAAUAAAUAACAAAUUGGAGAAAUAACUUCUGAUGCUGUUUUUCCUUAUUAAUAAACUUUUGUUUUUACUUUUUUUUAAUUUUGCAUAACCGUUUAAGGGCAUACUAUACAGUUUUGAUCCACGGUAAUUUUUUUAAGAACAUUUGCGUACAACCUAUUUUACACCUAGGCAAUUCAAAUAUGUCAGAAUUUCAGCCAUUUAAUCAAAAUUUCGUUUUUUUUCUACAUUUCUAUCCUUUGGAUAGAUAUACCUAACUUUUUGGUUUCAAAAGAUAAACACAAGCGAUUUUUUGGUAAAAUCAUUUGGAACAUUUUAUUUAUAUGAAUAUGCUGUAAAUUUGUAUAACAAAUCUUUGAAAAUAAUUAAUUUCUUUCAAAAUUUCAUCGUUUAGAAAAAGAUAGGCAUUUUUUACUGUAUAUGUCUCGACGACUUUUUAUUAAACAUUUGUACAAAUAAUCUUCAUACGUAAUUUAACCCAAUGUCAUUUUAAAAAAGAAGGGUCCAUGCUUUUAUUUUCAAGUUAAAUCAGUCUGAAUGAUAAAAACCAGUUGAAAAAUGCAUCUUUUCCCGAUAUGUCAAAGUUUGAAGUCGCGAAAAUAACAUUUGACGUUAGCAACGUCAUUACCUCCCCUGUAUUUGUAUCGUAUGCCUUUAAACAACUAUCAUUAUUUACAACAGUAUUAAAGCAUCAACACAAGUUAUAUAAUAUGAUAAAAUUUCGAUACGACAGAAGAUAGAAUCACGUGAUCUAUUGAUUUGCAUAUUUGUACAUUAUACAAGUGAGAACUGAAUUAGAUUAUUUUAAUUCAAGCGUGACGUGUAAUGCACGAACUAUUCCAAUAAAUAACUCAGUAUUCCGUUUUAUGGAGAUAUCUAAUUUGUAUAAAAAGUAUAUUCUUAUAAAAAUGGAUGGAAAAAUGAAAGUAAUAACGGUAUUUUGAUACUUAUUGUAUGCAAAGCAUAUUUUACAAAGUAUGGAUGAAAAAAUGAAAGUAAUAUAGGGAAGAUUCAGGUAACUUGUUACUGAUUGGUAACAACAAAGUAUGAAUGGAAAAAUAAAAUUAAUGUAGUCAUGUAGAAACUGAUUGUGUAUAAAACAUAUUCGACAAAAUAUAAUUGGAAAAAUGAAAGUGAUAUAGGUAAGUCAUCAUCAAUGAUCAUUAAAUAACGUUCUUGUUUUGGGUAACAAGUUUGAUUGUCAAAAAGGUAACACAAUUCAGUUUAUCGAAGGUUGAACUGUCGUGCUGAACAAAAAAGGUGAGUCACGUAUUUUUAACAUAUCAUUAUCAGCAAAAUCAUAUUUCCGUCUGCGCCAUUUAAAAAUUCAUUAAAAAGAUAUGAAAAGAGAAUAUAUCUUCGAAAACUCCCUCCUCAUUUCAACUUAAUCUUAUGAUGAGCCAUUCUUAACAUAGUGUGCAUCAAAUGAUGUGUCUAUAAUUAGCAUCAGUAGGUUUUAUCUAUAGGAACAAAUUAUAAAUGUAUUCUGCCUUUUUAUAGUGAAUUUUAUAUAUGUAUGCCUUUUUAUAAUGAAUUAUAAAUGUAUGCAUUUUUAUAGUGAAUUUUAUAUACAUAUGGGUAUAUGUCAUCAUUUUUAUCUAUCUACUGUCAAAGAAUAACAAUUGAUAUUUUCGAUGUUUCUUUUUCCAUCAACAUCUCAAUCAUUUUAGAUUUUCUAAGAAAUAUAUAUAAUGUAAUAACUCACUUUAUGACAUUUAUUUGUUUCAUAAUGUCAGUUUAAUAUCGUAAUUCCUAAUUUUGUUAAUUGAAUUAACUUGUUUGUACACUAAUGCAGCUGAUGCAGCUUUAAUAAUGUGAUAAUGUUUUGAUUGACAGUUUGCUAAAUGUAAAUUGCAAUUGUAAAUAAAUGAAUGAUAUAAUUUAACCCUAUUCAAAAUAUGUUUUGUUUUUGUUAAUUCAGACGAGUGUAUAUUGAUAAAAUAUUCUUUUUAUUCACAUGCUUUAACUAAACAUUAAGUUAACAUUCAGGAGAUGCCUCUGUAAAUAGUUUUCAUUUUCAUUACUUAUUAACUGUGAAAAGUAUUUGAAAUUUUUAAGAGAAAUAAUCCUAAUACUUAGGUCCGUCGUCUUUUAAUAUAUCUUAUUAUUAUUAGCAUUAAUUGUACAACCAAUGUCGAACACUGUAAAAUCAUUGUUAUGUUAUGUUUUAUAUCAUUACAUCAUGGACAUUUUCACCUUAUUUAGUAUUAUCAAAAAUACAAUGUAUGCUUAAAUAACAGUAUCAUUAAAGUUUACAGGGAUAACUUAUAUAUAUUUGAAAUCUUUUUACACCCGAGUAUACCAUUUCGGACAGUAAAAAAUAUUGUCUAGAUAUAUAUAUAUAUAUAUAUAUAUAUAUAUAUAUCAAAAUCGAUUUUGUUCACAUUUGGUCAUUGGUUUUUGCUAAAAGGAAGACUUUAAAAUCGGCCAACUGAGACAGUUUUUGAAAAUUCAUCAAAAAGGCUCAAUUGGAUCUGUAAAAGAACAUUAGUGUCUAUACUAUUGAUAUCUGACAGAUCUUUAUCUAGUAAACAGAUAAAUAAAAAUGAUAAUGGUGUUUGCUAUUUGAAUUCAAGGGAGGAAAAGGAUGAAGGAGAAUAAAUUAUCUUACUUUCUUGUCUUUUGAAAAUUUCAUUUCCUACUUAUUGUUUAUGCUUGAACAUGAUGAAAUUAAAAUUUAAAUGCACCUUAUGAAUAAAUUUGAAUAAUAAUGUGAUUAAAAUGGAAUUAACCAUAAAAAUAACAUGAAGUGAACCAAAAAACUAUAUUUUAUUGCUGUUAAAAUUGUAAUACGUUUCUGUAAUGGUUUGAUUCAAUAAAAAAAUAAUGAAUAA